AGCAGAGAGAACCCUCGCUGCUUUCAGUCUCAUCCAGCCACUUCUGUUGAUCGAAAUGCUCAAAGCUCUGUUUUCAAGCCGAGGGUUUCGCAACUUCCAGCAAUGGAGUUGCGAUUUUUCGCGCCUACGCACUUUUAAGGUUAAACGAGCGAGUUUUAGAUUAAAGUUGUUUAAGUAAGGGUGGUUGACGAGAUUAAUCACGAACGCGAGAACGCCACUUCCUGCAUGGUUGUCGACGCAGGCCCCGCUUUUGACGCUUGGCAAUCGAGCGCCGGUUCCAUCGACGCGUCGCGAUUCGAAUCAGCUAGCGGCGAUGGACGACGAUUCAAGUGGCCAGGCGUCGGGGUCGGCGAAGCAGCGGAAGAUCCGCAAGACGCCGCUGCAGCUGGAGCGCCUGGAGGAGGUCUUCGCGGUGCACAAGUACCCGUCGGACGACCUGCGCGCGUCGCUGUGCGCGGAGCUGCAGCUGACGGACCGCCAGCUGCAGAUGUGGUUCUCGCACCGCCGCCGCAAGGACCGCAUCCUCCACCACGCGCUCUCCGCCGCGCCCAAGGCCCCUGCCACCGCCUUCCCGCGCAACUCCCCCCUGCUGCCCCACGCACCGCUCGCUCUCGCCAGCCCCUUCUCCAUUUCCGCCGCCGCCGCCGCCGCCGCCGCUGCGGGAUCCGAAACGACGGAACCAUUGGUGGCGCCCAGGCCAGGCGGCGAUGUUGAUUUCAAGGCGAGCGAGCGAGCGCCGUGCUCAGAGCAGCCUGUGGGGCGGCGGAUCGCCAUCGCCCAGCAGGCACGCGGGCCAGCCAGCAGCGACGCAGCCCCAGCCCCGCUUGGCCGCGCUAGCUUGUUCCGAAUCCCCGUGCGCCCUGCCAAGAACCCGCCGGGAAACGGUGGUCCGCCCACCGUCCUCUUUGGGCGCCCCCUCACCCCCGCGCCUGCUGCAGCCGCGUCCUGUGCUCCGCAUGCUGGCAGCACCGCACCCCCCCCGCCUGGCUCCGCUGGUGCGGGCGAUACGGGGGGCACGAGCGGUGCGGGGAAGGCGAGGGACGGGUACGUGUGGUCGCACGCGGGCGGCAUGGGGAAGCUGUCGGUGGUGGGCAUGGGCCGGGCGGCGAGGGACGGCGCGCUGCGGGUAAUGGCGUCGGGGCUGAUGGCGGACGAGGUGCUGGAGGAGCAGGAGAGCAGGGCCGCCACGGAUGGCGCUGGGCACUCUAGGACCGCCGCUGCUGGUGCUGGCAGGCCCAGUGCUGGCGCACUUGGCGCUGCUGCUGCUGCUGCUGCUGCAGCAUCAGGCAACGGAUGUGGUGCUCCUGUUGCCGCUGCUGCGCUGGCCUCUGCUCGCAGCACACUCCGUCUCCCUGCCCAAGGCAGCGAACAUGCACAAGGUGCGGGGUCCAACGGCCUGGACCGCACCGCACAGGCAUCGGGUGAACGGCUGGGAGGCGGUGCUGUAGAGUCCAGAGGAAACGGCCAAUCAGCAGUUGCCAGAUCAGCAGCAUGGCAGACUCAGCAGAGUAGCUGGGCGAGGCAGGAUGCGAGUGCGGAUUGGGCGGCAGGAGGGGAGGAGGAGGAGGGGGUGGUGGAGCGCGUGAGGAGGGCCAUGGGCGGCGAGUACAGGGCGGAUGGGCCGGCACUGGGCGCCGUGUUCGACCCGCUGCCCGCACUCGGCUUCAACCUCGUCGUCGUGCGCAAGGCCAGGGUGGGGCCCGGCAUGUCCCAGGCGCAGCAGGGGCUGGGCGAGCUGGAGGGGGGGGUGGGGUGCGGUGGAGAGGAGCAACAGCACGACCCACAUACGCCGCAUGACUUGCUGGGGCCUCCUCUGCCCGCCCUCUCCGCCCCUCCCUCCCAGAGUUCCGCUCUCCCUGCGCCCCGCCCUCAAGCGCACCACUCGCCCCUGCAAGCCGCGGAGGCCCUGCACGCGCUGUGCGCUGCUGGUGCUGACAAUGGCAGCAGGGUGCUGCACGCUGGUGCAGCCACAGCAGAUGCUGGUGCUGCCAAUGGCAGCAGGGUGCUGCACGCUGGUGCAGCCACAGCAGAUGCUGGUGCUGCCAAUGGCAGCAGGGUGCUGCACGCUGGUGCAGCCACAGCAGAUGCUGGCGCUGCCAAUGGCGUUCUGCACCGUGCAGAGGCCGCUGCAGAGGCUGUUGCUGUUGCUGCUGCUGCUGCUUCGGGUCAGCGUGGUGUGAAGCAUGGGCACACGGCAGCAGGGCAAGCAGGCAGGGGGGGCCAGAUGAAGCAGCAGCAGGAGGAGGACGACGCGAGUGGGGCAGAGGGGGCGGACUUGCUGCAGCUGUUCCGCGCGGCGCCCUCUGGGUCGUCCGGGUUCACUGCAGCGGGCGAGAAGGGCGAGAUGAGGCGGAGGGGAGGAGGUGGAGUGGAUGGGGGGGAGAAAGUUGGAGACAUGUUGGGCAGCAAGACAGUGAGUGGGAGGAGAGGUGCGAAGAAGGGAGGCGAGGCGCAUGGACGAGACUCCGGUGUGAGGAUGCUUGAGGCACAUGUGGCGGGCGGUGGCGUGAGUGGCGUGGCUGAGGAGGACGGAGAUGACCACGGGUUGUGGGGUGGGAGAAGGGGCGGAGAGAUAGGGGCGAAGCGGAGGGAUAUCGAACAGGCGGACCAAGAGGAGGAAGAGGAGGAGGAUGAAGAGGAUGAGGAGGAAGAGGAGGAGGAGGAAGAGGAGGAGGAGGAAGCUUCGCAAGAGGAGGUGUCACGAAGAUGUGGGGAGAGAGGGAGGGAAGAGAAGGUGUUGAAUGAGAGGCGAAGGACGGCAGCUGGCAGCGAGGAUGGGCGGGCAGCAGGGAAGAAGGCGGGUGGAGAUGAGGAGGAGGAGGAGGAGGAUGGGGAUGGGGAUGGGGCGCAGGCAGGGGACAUGGCACAGGACGGGGCGAAGGAGAGUGGCACAAAGCGAAAGAAGGUGGAGGAGGGGCGGCGGCGGAAAGAGCAGGAGCAGCAGGAGAAGCGGCUCAAGAGAGAGGCGGAGAGGGAGGAGACGGCCGAGCGCAAGAGGCAGGAGGCGGCACGCAGGGAGCAGGAGAGGAGGCGCAGGGAGGAGGAGAGGGAGGUGCGGGAGCGGCACAAGGAAGAGGCGAGGGAGGCGAGGGAGCGGCAGAGGGAGGAGGAGCGGGAGGCGAAGGAGAGGGAGAAGGAGAGGGAGAGGCAGGUUCGGGAGGCGAAGCGAGAGGAGGAGCGGCAGGAGAGGGAGAAGAUCAAGGAGAGCAUUCGGUUGGCCAAGUGGCAGCGGCGCGAGGAGCAGCGGCGGGUGCGGGAGGCCGAGAGGGAGCGCAUGCAGGCGGAGAGGGCGCGGGAGAGGCAGGCGGCGCGGGCAGCGCUGCAGCUGGUGGACGACGCGGCCUUUGAGCUCAGGGAGGUGGCUCAGACGCUGGGGGUGGCGUGGGAGGAGGGCGAGUGGGAGGGGGAGAGGGAGGAAGGGGGGGAAGCGGAGGAGGAGGAUGGUGGCAGGGGGAAGGUGGUGAAAGGAGGGACUCGUGGCGUGGAUGGUGAUAUGCUCAAGAAGCACCUGCCACUCUUCCCGCCGCCAUCAGUGCGCAUGCACCCAGUGCUGCCCUUCCCUCCCUGGUCCAACAACCCCCAAGCCGUCAGCGACCUCCUCAUGGUGCACUCCUUCCUCACCACCUUCGCUGACGCCUUGUGCCUCUGGCCCUUCUCCCUGCGCCACCUCGCCCACUCGCUGCACCAGCCUGAGUGUCGCCUGAUCACAGAGGUGCAUCUAGCUCUCCUGCACGUGCUGCUCAAAGACACCGCGGCCGCCAUGGCCUCUGCACCACCACCACCACCACCAGCACCAGUAGCAUCUCAAGCAGCAGCAGCACCACGCGCGCAUGGCACAACGCCUGCACGUGCACCCAGCAGCAACCAUGCAGGCGGCCCCCAUGCUAUUAGCCACGCUGCAGGUAGCCCCACCUCGAAGCUACACCCUAACACUAACCACAUUCCUACUGCCAACUCUUAUCCCGACCACUUGCACGCCGUGGCUCAUCCGAAAGAAGGGCUGCCUGUAGCCACAGCCACACGCGCAACUACAGGCGCAGCCACACGUGCAGCCACAGGCGCAGGUACAGGUGAAGAGGGGGGUGCGGAUGGAGCAGGGGCGAUGGCAGCAGCAGCAGCAGACGAGGCAGGGGGCGCGCAUGGCGGGGUGGGAGGAGCAGCACGGAUGGCAGGCGUGGCAGCAUGUGUGGCGGAUGCGAUGGCGGCAGCAGUGGCGGGGUCCGACACUGCCAGGGCGCUCGUGCUGCACAGGGCCGCUGCUGUGGUGGCUGAGGCACGCGAGUGGGGCUUCACGCCAUCGCUGUGGCGCCCGCUGCUGGCGCCCCUCACGUGGCCAGAGGUGCUUCGCCAGUACGCCCUCGCUGCCGCCUGGGGCCCGCCCUGCCGCGCCUCGCGCCCCACCAGGCGCCGCGGCAGACGGGCACUGCAUGGCCGCGCGUGUGACACGGCUGCUGGGGCGGGCGGGGUGCAGCGCGGUGAAGGCGCUGAUGGGGCUGCCGAUGAGGGUGCUGACACCGAAGCACUCGUUGCCAACCUGGCAUCAGGCAAGGCAGCUGACGUGGCAGCACAGCAGGCGCUGAGCGAGCACCAAGCGUGCCUGCAGCAGCAGCGAGCGCAGCUGCAGCAGCAGUACCUGGCGUACCUGGCAGCUGGAGGGGGUCGCUUCAGUGACGAUGAGGACGAGGGGGAGCAGGGCGGAAAGGAAAGGGCAGGGGCAGGGGGAGUUGGAGGCAACAGCAAGGGCGGCCCAGGGCUUGGCCUUGCGCCCUCUCUCACACAUCCCGGCCAUGCUGGCAGCCAUACGCACCAAGUCCCUCCCUCCCCUGCCGCUGCCCUUUCGCCUCCAAAGCCCUCUCCAGGCAAGGACAGCAGCCCCACCGCCCAGCAGCAGCAAAUACCCCGGCUGGUGGCGCGGCUGGCCCCCGGCACGGUGAAGUACGCGGCAUUCCAUGUGCUGGCGUACGAGGGCGCGGCCGGGCUGCCCGUGGCGCUCAUCGCGCAGCGCAUCCAAGAGUCGCGCCUGAGGGACCUGUCGGGCAGCCGCACCCCCGAGGCCACCAUCACCGGCGCGCUGGCCAGGGACCCGCUGUUCCAGCGCGUGGCGAGCUGCACGUACUGCGUGCGCGCCGCGUACCGGCGCACGGCGCAGGCGCGCAAGGCGGGGCUGCGAGAGGCCGUGGAGGAGCGCAGCGGAGGGGGCGAGGGAGGAGAGCAGUGCGCAGCACAGCAACAGAGGGGGGGCGGUGGCGCACCCAGUGUUGCGACGCUGGAUGGCAUGAUGGGCGCGGAUGGCAUGAUGGGCGCGGAUGCCAUGCGUGGUGACGCCGGGGGGAAGGAUGAAGCGCUGGAUGGCGCGUUGGCAGAGGGCGGGAUGGGGAAUGCUGUGCGCGCAAAGGCUGGGCAUGUCAGGGAUGCGAUGCUCACUCAUGCGGACGAGGCACACGGUUCUGCUGUGAGCGGCCACGGGGCUGCUGAUGGCAUGGCGAGUGGCAGCAAGUUGCAUGGCGAGGCGGUGGAUGGUGGCGCUUUGGGGGCUGGCAAUGCGUGUGGCAGCGUGGGGGCGGAAGGGCGUGCAGAGGUGAGGAGUGAAGCAGUGAUGGGCAGCGCGUGGAUGGCAGCGCUGGGAGCCGUGGAGUACAGCGAGCUGAGUGUGGAGGAGCGCCUUGCCCUGCUCGUUGACCUGGUCAACGCAGUCAACGACUCCUCCACCAUCCGCGCCGCCAUCGAGUGCCGCUACGAGGUGCAGUCGUCGUACCGGCGCCAGCGGUGGGUCGAGGCGUCGCUCCACCGCAGGAAGGGCGCCUGGCGGCCCCCCGCCCUCAACACCGCCAACCUGCCCCUGCGCGCCCCCACUGGCCCUGGUGCUGGCCCUAAUGCUGCUGCUGAUGGUGCUUGUGCUGCUGUUUGCACUGCAGCCGCUGAUAUUGGUGUGGCUGCUACUCGUGAUGGUGACGCUGCUGCUGUCGCUGCUGGCGCUGGCAUGGGCGCUGCUGCUGCCACUGCCGUCCAUGGGGCGGCAGCAGCAGGUGGCGCCAGUAUCCGUGGUGAGCCGCCUCCCACAGCAGCAGGCGGCGCCAGUAUCUGUGGUGAGCCGCCUCCCACAGCACCACCACCCGUGGAUGAGCGCCUCGCAGGCCACCUGAAGCCGUCGCUCUCACCGCCCUCCCUGCUGCUGCUGCCGCCCCUGCUGGCCGUGAGGAAAGUGGCGGCAGGUGGGAGGGAGAGCGACGACGUGAGUGAGAGAAAAGAGGCGCUGGAGUGCAGGGAUGUGAGGGAUGAUGCGGAGAGGGGGACAACGCAGGGGAAGGAGGAGGAAGAGGAUUUUGAAGGGAAUGUGGAAGAGGAGAGGCGGCGGACGAGGAGACACGAGCACGAGGAAGAGCACGAGCACGAGCACGAGCACGAGCACGAGCACGAGCACGAGCACGAGCAGGUGGCAAGAGCGGAGGCCGAGGGCGCACAGGCGAGGGAGUCGAGGGCGGAGGCGGUGAAGCAAGAAGGGAGGGCGCUUGGCGAAUGUGCGAGUAGGAUUUAUGAGGAGCAGGCAGCGGAAGGGAGGACGAAGGACAUGUCAGAACUCAGGGGGCAGUGGACGUGCAGCAAGGCGGACAGGGUUGAACAAGGGGACAAUGCGGAGAAUAAGAGGCCACGGGAGAUAGAGGCAGCAGAAGGGCCACGGGAGAUAGAGGCAGCAGAAGGGCCACGGGAGAUAGAGGCAGCAGAAGGGCCACGGGAGAUAGAGGCAGCAGAAGGGCCACGGGAGAUAGAGGCAGCAGAAGGGCCACGGGAGAUAGAGGCAGCAGAAGGGCCACGGGAGAUAGAGGCAGCAGAAGGGCCACGGGAGAUAGAGGCAGCAGAAGGGCCACGGGAGAUAGAGGAAAAGCGAGAGGAAGAGCGGGAGAGAACGGGGCGACGGGAGACAGGGGCGACACACGACAGACAGGAGAAACAGGAAAGGCACGCGGACGAGGGGUCACAGGCUAUCGUGGGGCCUCGUGACAACGAGGGGUCAGAGGAGAAGGAGGGGGCAGAGGAGAAGCAGCGGGCAGAGGAGAGGGAGGGAGCAGAGGAGGAGCAGCGGGCAGAGGAGAAGCAGCGGGCAGAGGAGAAGCAGCGGGCAGAGGAGAAGCAGCGGGCAGAGGAGAAGCAGGGGGCAGGGGCAGGGAAGCAGAGCAUGGACACGGAGGUUGCUAGCGUCGUUGCAGUUGCUCCUCCCGCUGCUCCUACUGCUGGUGAUGCUGCUGCUGCAACUGUUGCUCCUACUCCUGCUGCUGCUGCUACUCGUGCUGCUGGUGCUGCUUUUCAGCCAAGCAUCGCUGCUGCUUUUCAGCCAAGCAUCGCUGCUGCUGCUGGGUCAACAGCUGCAGUCACACCUGCAGUUGCUGCUUCUUGUGUGCUUGCCGGCACCAAGUGUCUCCCACAGCCUUUUAUUCUGGAUGGGCAAGGUGGGCGUGACAGGCAAGGUGGGGGGCAGGAGCGCGGAGGGAGUGAGGGGCAGGGCGAAGGCGUGGGCGUGGACGAGCGGAGGGAGGCACAGCGGGAAGUGAGGCGAGAGGAAGGGAGGAGCACAAGGCAGGGUGAGCCCGGGGAAGCAUCGGUGCGAGCAGGCAGCGCGUCACGUGGUGGAGGAGAGGAGGUGGUGCUGGACGGUAGAGGUGAGCAUGCUGCUGCUCUGCGCUCUGGUGCCGCUCCAUGUGCUGCUGCCGAUGGUGCUACUGCUACCGCCAUUCCUGAUGCCACGGCUGCUGCUUCAGCUGUCUGCACAGCUGCCGCUCGUCCGCCAAGCACUCCAGCCUGCAUCACAGACGCCACUGCACCCGUGGAGGCACCUUCAACCCUCGACGCAUGCCCCCACACCACUCUCGCAGACGCCGCACCCGUUGCCACGUCAGCAGUGGACCAUCUACCUGGACAACCGUCUGUUGUCAGUAUCCCAGGCAGGUCAGCAUGUGUCGGCACCACCAGCAAGACACCCAGCCUCACCCUUGACCCUCUUCCUCCUCCCAAGCCCCUACCUGCUAACGCCGCUUCUACACCCCCUGCUGCGCCUGCUGCGCCUGCUGCGCCUGCUGCGCCUGCUGCGCCUGCUGCGCCUGCUGCACCUGCUGCUGCACCUGAUGCUGCCGCUGCUGUUGCUGCUGCUCCUGUGGCCAUGUCAGCGCACCCCCCCGGCCCCGGCGGUGUGGAGUUCGCGGAGGCGUGCUACAGCAUCCGGCAGGGCCCCAUGGGGUGGGACCGCCGCUCCAACUCCUACUGGCGCGUCCACCGCUUGCCUGGCACUGCUGGGAUGUUAGGGCGAGGGGUUGGGGGAGGGGAUGGGGCAGGGCGGGAAGGGGACGCGAGGACGCUGCGACAUGGAAGACAUGUGCUGCACACACAUUGUGCCUGUGCUUCCGCUGCUGCUGCUGCUGGGGCUGCCAGCGCUGGUGCUGCUGGUGGUGCUGGUGCUGGUGCUGCUGCUGCUGCUGCUGCUGCUGGUGCUGCUGGUGCUGCUGGUGCUGCCGGUGGUGGUGGUAACAAGGAUGAGAAGGAAGACAUGGGGGUGUAUGUGCUGUCACCAGAGGGGCAGUGGAGUGUUAUUCGAGAUGCCAAGUCCCUCGUGCAUCUCACGGCCCUGCUGUACCCGCGCGGCGUGCGGGAGUCUCUUCUCCUUUCCAGCCUCGCCCACCACCUCUCCUCCCUCUCUCCACCACUCACCCCCCCUGCUCCGGUCACCACCACCACUGUAACCAUGGUUCCUGCCUCCACCACUGCUGUGGUAACCAGCACGCCAUCAAUGGCCAUCACGCUCCCUUUAACCAGCAUCCCUCCAACCAGCAACCCUGUAGGCACCACCAGUCCAUCUCGUGCACCCACCAUUGCCUGGGAAGCAACCACCGCUCCCACACAGCCCUCCCUCCCUGCCAUGGCCCCUGCUGCUGCCGCCACCCCUGCUGCUACCACAACCUCUCCUCCCGCCAGCACCAGUGCAGCAGCAUGUGCAGCCUGUGCUGGUGUGUCUCAAUCGCCAUCUCCCCCACCCACUGCGGCCCUGCCGCCACCGGUGCCUGCGGUAACACUUGCAAGCACGAUGCAGGGUGAGGGCGUGGGGAGCAACGCAGCGGCAGCAGGAGGUAGUGAGGAUGGCACGUGCGCUGGGCCCCUUGGCCCUCCACCUCGUGCUGCCAGCGCCAUGCCUGCCGUCCAGCCAUGUCACCCCACACACGACUACCGCAUGCCAGCACCGCAGUGCACUGCCGAACCGAGCAUGCAACAUGGCAAUGCGUUGGACGCAGGCGAGUGCAGAGGCCAGGCAUCUGACCCCAUGCAGGUGGGCGAGCACAGGGUGCAACGAAGCAUGCAGCCCCCUCCGAGGGACGGCCCGGGCGCGCUUGAAGGCCCGGCGAAGGACGACCCUGAUGGGACACCUCUGCCCACCCCGCCUCCCUCUUUCCUGCCUGAGGAAGCGACCUGGCUGCUUCGGUCCAUAGGGGAUGCAGAGGGCGGGUUGUGGGGCGGGAGAAGUGCCGCUGAAGCGAUUCUGUGUGGCGAGGAGGGGCGUGGUGGGGAGGGGCGUAGUGAGGUGAGAGGAGAGCGGCGAUGUGAGAGGAGGGAGUGGGGUGGAGAUGAGGGCAGGGAGCGGGCGGAGCAGGAAGAGGAAGAGAGAGUGGAGUACCGGCAGUGCGGGGAAUGUGGGGAGGUGAUGCGGAGAGAGGGGGCGGGUAAGGAGUGGGGGCUCCGUUGGGUAGAGCAGAGUGGGUGGGUGGCAGCAGUGGGCCGUGAGGGUGCUGCUGGCGCUGACAUGGCCACGGCACGGUGCGCUGGAAGCAAUGAUGGUGCGGCAGCUGAACCCACUGCAGUCGCGUGCUCGGCGGCUACGGAAGAGCGCAUGGCGGGGGAGAGGAGGAUGGCACAGGGCGUGUGCAGCUCAUGUGGUAUGCGGCUGAGAUGGGCGGAGGGGGGGAGAGAUGGGGAUGGCGCAACAGGGGCUGAGAGUGGACUGGCGAAUGGAAGGGACGCAGCAAGGGCGGAUGGCCGUGAGGCGGCCAUUCCCCCGCGUGUGCGCCGCCUCCAGCGCCUGCUGCUGUCUGCUGAGGUUGCGCUGGAGGCGAGUGGCAGUGUGGCUUCAGAAUGGAGGGCGGAGAGAAGGCACACGUGGCAUGGGGCGGUCAGGAUGGCAUGGCAUCCCGCACACCUGCUGCACCUGCUCUGCCACCUCGAGGCUGCCGUCCCUUCGCACUUGAUCCACGGCUCCUUUAGCCCGGCGCCAGCUGUCGCUCUGCGAUUGGCUUCGAGGACGUCACGCAGGCGAGGUGACAAUGUGGGCCAGGCUUUAAAGAUUGAAGGAGGGAGAGGCAAGGAGGAGGGUGGGAAGUAUUGUGAAAGCUGGAUUGUGGGAGAUAUUGAGGGCGAUGAAAGAGAGAGUGGGAGCGAUGGGAAUUGUGCCACAGAUACAGAUAUGGGUGGUGCUCUGAGGGGCUGUGGCGAGGAGGAGUGCAAGGCAACGGGUGAUGCUGGCAGGGCGGGGCGCCCCAUGGAGGAGGGCAGGGCGGAUGCCAUGGAGGCAGCUGCAGGGAAGGAGCAGAGCAAGGCAGGCGCAGGGGGAGGGGCGAGGCCAGGCAAGUGCACGGGCGAGGAGCAGCGCAACGGGGGCUUGGCGCAGAGGGGAGGGGGCUCUGGCAGGGACGCAGGAGGCACAGCAGGGGCCGCCUCACUGGUCGUCACACCCCUCCCAACGCUCCUGCCCUGUGUGCCCCUCACUUGCGCUGCUGUUGCGCUGCGAUUGGCCGCCUUCGAGGCUGCGGUGCUUGGCGAGAGGGGCUGGGGAAGAGGGGCGAGAGGGCGUAAGAGUGUGGCGAGGCGGAAUGAGAGAGUUCAGCAGAAGAAGAAGAAGGCUGGGAUGAUGGCGACAGGGAAGAGAAAACGGAAGGAUGCAGUGCAGGAGGAGGAUGAAGAGGACGAGGAGGACGAGGAGAAGGAAAGGGAGGAUGAUGACGAAGAGGGGGAGGAGGAGGAUUUGCAGCAGAAGCUCCGUGUGCGCACUAAGGGGCGGCGAAACGCGAAGAAGAGACGGAUGAGUGAGCGCGAUCGAGGUGUGACGGAUGUGGAUGGGAGAGAGGCGGCUGAGGAGGAGCCGAUGGAGUCGAAGUGCGAAGGCAGGGAGACAAGAGGCCGCAGUAGAGUAAAGGUGGAGGAGGAGGUGCAGGAGGGGGAGGGGCAGUUGGAAUCGCCAAGUGCGAGGUGUGCUCUUUUGACUCCCAGGCAGAGUAAGCGGCAGCAGAGGAUGUCAAAGCAGAGAAUGAGGCGAGCGGAAAAGGUGAAAAACGAGAAAGAGGACGAGGAGGAGGUGGAGGCGGAGGAGGGGCAGCAGGGAGGGCUGCAGGGACGGCAGCAGGACAGCAAGGCGUCAGUUGUGCAACAGAAGCAGGUAUCCCGAGAGGCGAGACGUGGAGCAACGCGGCUUAUGUCGGUGCCAUCCCACACGGCCCCGCUGCUGACUGCCUCACACGAGCUCACUGCUGCUGCAGCACCGAGUGCUCUGCCAUCCGUUCACCGCGCAGUUCACGGCACAGGAGCGAAGGCAGGUUCAACCAUGAGGAGGACAGCUGCUGCCGCUGGUGCUUAUGGAAGGAACCACGCUGCUCCUGACAGGCAGCCUCAUGCUGACACGGACUCCGGCUCUGACCGUAGUGACCUUGGCGCGCGUGCCAGCAACAACAGCUAUGACGAAGGCGGCGAUGAUGGCCACGGUGACAGUGACACGGGCAAUGAGAGUGCGAGCGAUGAGGAUGGGGUUGGUGACGAGCGCCGUGACAGUGCCGGUCCACCAUCGCCAGCGCACAUGCCCUCACCUGCUCCUUCCCGCCCGCCCCCUCGCAAGCGACCGCGCUCCCUCCAGCCGGCACAGGCCGAGGUGGCCCCACGUGCAGCGAAGAGGCACGCCCACGCGCGCUUGCGCUUGCGCGCAGGCUUGCAUGGAAGCGUUGGAGGGUCGGCAGGAAGCCAGCGUGUGGUUGGGGCGGGUGGUGAUGGAACGAGGGGCAGUGGAAAUAAGAGGCGGAGUAGGGUGGGUGCCGGUAGGGGCAAAAGGCAGGAGAAGCAGGAGGAGAAGGAAGAGCAGGUUGAGGACGAGGUGGCUGCAGCACGGAGGACGAGGAGGAAGGAGAGCACUAGAAACGGAGCAGUGGGUGAGGUGACCAAGGUAAGAGAGGGAAGGUCGAAGGUCGGUGAAGAGAAACGACGCAUUGGAGGUGGUGGGGUUGGAGAGGAGGAUGAGAUGCAGGAGGAGCGGCGGGUGGAGACAGGGAGGCCGAGGAGGGAGGCGAGUGUGAGAGCGAGGAAGGCUCAGGAAGAGAUGCUGCAGAGGGAGAGGAGGGGGGGGGUUGUGGGCAGGGAGGAGGAGGGCGCAGGGAGAGGGGGAGUGAGAGGAAAGCAAGGGAACACUGCUGGCACCGGGAAGGAGAAUGGAAAUGAGGAACGGAGUGAGAGGGGUGUGAGAGGAAGGCGCAGUGGAAGGGGAAGAGAAGAGGCAGCAGCAGGUGAAGCAGGUGGCAGCAAGGGAGCAGUGAGCACGAGAGGGCUUCACAGUACACGAGGAGCAGCGGCUGGCCUCUCUAGAGAGCGCUAUAAGCAAGGCCAGAACCAUGGGACGGAGGCUCAAACACAAGAUCCAAGUCGUCUUGGCUCGCCUCAGCCCACACACACCCCACCUGCCAUAGAUUCCCCAUCCAAUAUUGACUCUCCUCAAGCCAUUGACGCACCCUCAACAAGUGAUGGUGUGGGGCGAAAUGAGCAGGAGCAGUGGGGGAAUGGCAUGGGGCAAGACGAGGACACAGGAGAUGGGAAUGGGGGGGAGACUAAAGGGAGGCAGCAGCAGGAGGGGCGUGCAAGGCCAGUCCAGUCGAGAAGCGAUGACUCAUCGUACUACCUGGGGUCUCCUUUGAGACUAGACCAGCACCAGCAAUGGCCAUCUUAUGUGGAUCCAUCUACUGCUGACUCAGCUGCACACUAUCACAGACACUGAGCCUGUUAUGGCUAUUACGAAUUUUGACAAGUUUGCCAAUUUUGACGAGCAAUAAGGAACCACACCGGUAGUCCGAUAUUUUGGCAGUUUUCACAGAGUAACGGAAUAAUUAGAACAAGGGAGUACAGGUGAGGAUGAAGGGUUGGAGUUGCACCCUCUGAAUACAAGCCUAUCUAGCCUAUAACUUCUACAUAUAAACAUAUGUAUAAGAGAGGCUAGAUAAGGGACAGUGCUGAGCAGGCCCCAAGAUUCGUUUUUAGGCACGCUGAUUUAUCAUCCUUGCCCCCCAUACUUAGGCUGAUUUCUCAGCCCCCCCCUGGAAAAAAAGGCUGAAUGUUAC